AUGUCGUUCAAGGGGUUCAAGAAGUCGAUUGUGCGGGCGCCGCAGCAGUUGCGCCAGAAGAUGAACAUGGGUGAGUUCACCCACGACCCCGUGUACCAGGACGCCGAGUCCCGGUUUAAAGAGAUCGAGAUCGAGACCAAGAAAUUGAGUGAGGAGUCCACCCGUUACUUUAAAGCGAUCAAUCUGAUGUUAGAUGAGCAAAUCGAGUAUGCCCGGGCCAUGCAAGAGAUUUACAAGCCGAUUGCUGGGGGUAUGGCUGACCCUGACGCCCUGGAAGACUCCCCGGAAGGGGUGCAGCUGGCGGAAUACUACUGCGCCGCCAUGACCCAGCUCAAGGACGAGCUCAAACCCGAUUUGGAACUCAUCGAGAAGCGGGUGGUGGCGCCGGCGCAGGAGUUGCUCAAAGUGAUCAACAACAUCCGUAAGAUGGCGACUAAGCGUGAGCACAAGAAGGUCGACUUGGAUCGUCACAAGCGUACUCUUGCCAAGUACCAAAGCAAGAAGGAACCGACGUCUAAGGACGAAGAAAAGAUGUACAACUCGCAGGCGGAAGUGGAAACGGCGCAGGCCGAAUAUGACUACUACAACGAGUUGAUGAAGACGGAACUCCCGCAAUUGUUCGAGAUGCAGAACCAGUUCAUCCACCCGUUGUUCGUCUCGUUCUACUACAUGCAAUUGAACAUCUACUACACGUUGUACAACAAGAUGGAGGAGCUCAAGAUGCCCAACUUCGACUUGUCGCUGGACAUUGUUGAGGGCUUCAACGCCAAGAAGGGCGACGCUGAAGAACGUGCCGACUCGUUAGGCAUUGCUCACUUCAAGGUGGGCCACGCUAAGCGCAAGUUGGAGACGGUGAGACGUAACCAGGAACUCAAAAUGGGCCAGACCCCGUCGCCGAUCGGCUCCAACCCGGCGUCGCCGGUGGUGGGUGCCCCUGGCGUUGCUAGCCCUGCCAGUCCCACCGCUGCCGGUGGUCAAUUGCCCGCUUACUCCCCGGGGACUUAUGGUACUCAAUACGGCACCGACCAAAAGGCGACCUACAACCCCGCCGCUCCUGCCGCCGCCGCUCCUGCCGCUGCCGCCGCCGCUCCUGCUGCCUAUGGCCAGACACCGACUUACGGCCAACCCGCUCAAGCUCCCGCUUACGGCCAGCCAGCGCAAGCACCGGCUUAUGGUCAACCGGCACCCGCGGUGGCGGCGGCACCCGCUGCUGCUGCUGCUGCUGCUGCUGCUGCCCCCACUGCUUACGGGGCCCCUCCCCCUGCUGCUGCUCCUGCUCCCGCGGCAGCGCCCGCGGCCACUUGCACCGCUCUUUACGACUACACCGCUCAGGCCGCGGGCGAUUUGCUGUUCCCUGCGGGCGCGGUGAUCGAAAUUGUCGAGCGCACCGCGGACGCCAACGGGUGGUGGACAGGGCGUUACAACGGCCAACAGGGUGUUUUCCCCGGUAACUACGUCCAGGUGAAUUAG